AUGAAGUUCAUGAAAGUUGGCCGUGUGGCCAUUGUCUCUCGCGGACGCUACGCCGGCAAGAAGGUGGUUAUCAUCCAGCCUCAAGACAACGGCAGCAAAAAGCAUCCCUUCCCCCACGCCAUCGUCGCUGGCAUCGAGCGCUACCCCCUCCAAGUCACCCGCCGCAUGUCCAAGACCCGGCAGAGCAGACGCAGCAAGGUCAAGCCCUUCAUCAAGGUCGUCAACUACAACCACUUGAUGCCCACGCGAUACACGUUGGAUUUGGAGGCGCUGAAGGGUGUGGUGACGAACGAGACGUUCACGGAGGUCAGCCAGCGGGAAGAGGCGAAGAAGACGGUCAAGAAGACUUUGGAGGAGCGCUACCUUUCCGGCAAGAACAGAUGGUUCUUUACGCCUCUGCGAUUCUGA